CAAAUAUAAUACUCAAACCGAAAAACGAACAAGAGUUCCCAUAGGUUGAUGGGCGAUGAAACAUUGUCUCCUUGGUGCAAUAUCAAAAGCAAAAGUUAGAUAGUCUUGGUGCAAUAUCUUGCAAGAAUGUGUUCCCUGUAUUUUUCAAAAUUAUUGUAGAUUUUAUUUUUAUUUUAUUUUUUAUUAUUGGACAUAGGUUGUAUUUGUUCAUCUUCUCGUGGCUAGAUUUUCAACUCCCAACCGGUGGCCUGGUAGGUUAUAGGGAUACACCGCCCAGUUUCUGGCCUCCAAGAUUUCUGAUCGUUGCAAGGAUUGAUUUGUUCUUUCUGUCAUAAAUAUUGCCUGUCCUUUUUGACGAAGAAGGAGGUUUGGCACAUCUACUUGCUGAUGGUAAAAGGUAAUAUGAUCAAUGAUAGAAACAAGGGAAGCUUGACAGACAACUCGGUUAUAGAGCCAGAAAGUAGUCAGCAGCACAACUUCAGUUUUUAUCAGAGGGGUGAAGGGGAGAAAGGUGUGAUGGAGACGGAAGGAAGAGGGUUUACAGACCUGUAUAGGAAUUCAAGUGAAGAGUUGUUUCUCAAAUCUUUGAUGGAGACCUCAAUUGGGAUGCCAGUACCCACCAUGGAGAUGUUGGGGUUCAAGAAUCUCUCUCAGAACUUUCGUACCGACAGUGAGGAACUAUUCAAAAGCUGGCUUACAAAUGGAGAGAAUGGCUAUAACUCAACAAGCAUGGCACAUCGAACGCGACAAGCAUCGAGAAGGAUAUCAAGUGAACUGGUCAAUUUGACCAGCCAGCUACAUGCGAGCACACCUCAGAAGAAAAGGAGCAAUGAUGUCCUAUUCACGCAAAAUAAUCCAACAGCUGAUGAUAUCUCCAAUGAUCUCAAUGAACAGUCAAUCAGCAGGAACGCUGUUGAAAGGACCGUGCAGGCUAGUAAUUUAUAUCUGGCUAAGGCGUGGUUUCACAGUUCUCAACCCAUGACAAGAAGUCGAUCCUCUGAACUAAGGAGAAGGUAUGCUGCUAUGCAAUAUACUCAGACAAAUAUAGGUAUGGAAGUUAUGCAGAAUGCUUCAGGGCAUGGUGUCAACAAUUUGAAUCAAGAGUUUGGAAAUCCAAAUGGUUUCAGUGACCCUCCUGUGCAUGACACUGCCAAUCAGUUGGGCACGUUCAUGUCUCCAACCAAUUCAUCCUCGUCUACUUUUAACACCCCACAAAUGAGCAGCAUAGAUAAAGUUUCUUCUGUUGUUAACAUGCUAAAGGGUACACUGGAACGCAAGAAGCUAGGUAACCAGAUUGAGAAGGAAAUAGUUGAAGAUAGUUCUAACGCAUUUUAUCAUGCUCAAGUUAUAAACUCUACCUUUGAUCAACGAAAAGGAAACGGCAUUCAUGAGAUUCCUACUCGAAGUUUUCAAGAAAUAUCACCUGGUCAAGUCAAGGACCCUGAGUUCUUGCAGACAGUUCAAGGACCCAUGGAUCUUGACUUUGAAGGGUUUGUAAAUGCCAUAAAUCCGGUUCAGCUGAGCACGGUUUCUCGGGAGCCUUCUCAAAGUGGAUCUUCUGCCGCCACACCAGUAGUUUCAUCUGCUUUUGAUGCAUGUGAUGGCCCCAGCAACUCAAGUCAAACUCUAAGCAUUUGUGAAACCUCAAGGAAACAAAUUGGAAACGGUAGGAGUUCAGAAAAUGGCUCUAGAGCCAAAGAUUUUAGAGACCGAAUAAUUGACAAUUUGAAGGAUGAUCGGAAGAGGGGAGGUCUCGUCCGAUAUGGAUCUGUGACAUCAGCAGGUUCAGUGGACAAGGGGGACCCAACUAAGAAGCGGAGAGUGGAACGCUCACGAAAAAUGGCAGAGGCAAAGGAAAGGAAUAUGACACCAGCAAUUCCAUCUGACAUGCAAUCAGUCCUUAAGCGGUGUGAAAAUCUUGAGAAGGAAGUACGAUCACUCAAGUUGAACUUGUCUUUCAUGAAUAGGAAGGAUUCUGAACAGACUAAGCAGAUAGAGGAGCUUCAGAAACAGAACGAAGAUUUAACUGAUGAAAAAGAACGUCUCUUAGAAGAAAUUGAGAGGAUUCUAGCUGAAACAGGAAAGAUGUAAAAGUUACUUCCCCUUUCGGCUUUUACACAUCUCAUACAAGUGUACCUUGUAAGCACCAAGUCUUUUACAGAAGCAGCAGUAAUUCUGAAAGACCCAAUUUAUUAAUCUAAAGACAAUCCUAUCCAAGUCCUUAGUAAGCAGAACACCAAAGAAGUUACGCCUAUUCUAGAUUUUCCAGUUUAGGUGUUGUGACUUGUUUGCUGAUCAUAUGUCCAUGAAUGUACCAAAUGCAUGGUAAAAUUGGUAAAUGCAGCUAUGUCUGACAAACUGUGAACGCAAUAUCAAUUUUAAAAUUUUGGAUGCAA